UAUAGCUCCUCCGGUGCCAUUCUGUUCUUGGGCUCUCUAACUAUAUCUUUUCCUCUCAAAUAGAAGCAUAAUAUCGAUCUCAUCCUUCUUAAUUCUACUAUAGCUACCUUCUAGGGAUUGAAAUCUUUAUUGUGGUGUACUAACUUUGUCACAGUAUGAGAAAACCUUGCUGUGAGAAGCGAGAAAUGAACAAAGGAGCUUGGUCAAAGCAAGAAGACCAGAAGCUCAUUGAUUACAUUCACAAACACGGCGAGGGUUGCUGGCGAUCUCUUCCCAAGGCUGCAGGUCUGUUUCGGUGCGGUAAAAGUUGUAGACUAAGAUGGAUAAAUUAUCUUCGGCCAGAUCUUAAAAGAGGAAACUUCGCUGAAGAUGAGGAAGAUCUCAUCAUUAAACUCCAUGCUCUCCUUGGCAACAGGUGGUCGCUGAUUGCCGGACGGUUACCGGGAAGAACGGAUAACGAGAUAAAGAACUACUGGAAUUCUCAUCUCAGGAGAAAGCUCAUAAAUAUGGGAAUUGAUCCAAACAAUCAUCGAUUGAAUCAGUCUUUUUCUCGUCCAAAUCAUGAUCUCCAGAACUCCCAAACUGUUGGUAGUGCAAUUGUUUCAUCACCCACCAUCAAAAUUAGUCCAUCGAAACCCCACGGUGGCAACGGUGAUCACGAGGUUUCAGAUGGCGGAAGUUGCUUGGAAGACGACGAAAACUCCUCCUCGCUGCUGCCGGAUUUAAACCUUGAUCUUACAAUGAGCAGUCCUAAUUAUUCGCCUGAGAUUGGUAACAAAACAAUCAAACUUGGAGAGCAAAAGUCAUAUAUUAUAAAUAUUAAUGAUCAUCAUGAGAUAAAGCCCAAAUCGGGAAAAGACUUAGAAGUACUCGGGUCAGCUCCCACGCUUCAAAUCUCUUCACAUGAUGGUCAGAAUUAGUUCAUUUUGAUGAAUUAAGACAUAGAUCAGAUGAUUAUGCUAAAUUAAUUAAUUAUUAAUAUAGUUAUUAAUCAGCAAAAAAGUUAUUACUAUAGUUAUUAGUUAAUUUUGGAGCAACAAUUGUUAGGGCUCCAUUUGUGGAAAGUCACGAGGAGAUUUUCAUGAUUAAAAGUGAAAUUACGAUAUUAGACACUAGUCUUUUCAAGGGGGGUGAUUACUCUUUUAAAAUUGAAGAAUAUUGAUCGUACUUAUAUAUAGGAUUGAAGGUGAGGGUUCGACGUACUAUUCACAAUGCGUACGUGAAAAAAUAUAUGGAUAUGGUCAUGAAAAGAAAUGGAGAUGCAUAUGUACUCCUUGUGAAUCUUAUAUGUAAGGAAACCCUUAAUCA